CUGCAGACUUGUAUAGGUUAUAGUAGUCUAUGGCGCACCUCAGUAUUCUACUGAUUGUUUACGGUGUCGUAUCAAGUCAUAAGUGACACAACUUCGUAAGCGGUACAUAAUUUCUAGUUCGCGUGGGGUUUUAAUUUGAAAACUGAAUUUUAUCGAAUAUAUAAGUGUUCUGUGUAAUAGAAACCAUUUGUCUCUUUCUGGAUUAACUUAAAAGCAAAUAUGUCAGCAGAUAAUAUUGAAAAAUUGUACCAAAAUUAUGGUAUAUUAGCCGACGCCAAAGAUGACAUCUCUAAGCAUGAAAAAGAAUAUUUGGAAAUUUUGGCGGCAGUGAAGGGGUCGGAUAAAGAAAAACGUUUGGCGUCACAGUUCAUUGCGAAAUUUUUCAACAGCUUUCCUAAUCUAGCCGAUCAAGCUAUAGAAGCUCAAUUCGAUUUAUGUGAGGACGAUGAUGUUGCCAUCCGGAAACAAGCUAUCAAGGACUUGCCUACGUUGUGUAAAGACCACAAGGAGCAUACUCAAAGAAUUGCAGAUAUCCUAGCUCAAUUGUUACAGUCUGAGGAUACCACAGAGAUCAAUGUUGUGACCAACUCUUUACUUACUAUUCUGAAGAUAGACCCAAAGGGUGCACUUACGGGAAUGUUUUCUCAAAUACACCAGAAUGCGGACAGUGAAGUGACUAAUGAAGUUGUGAGGGAAAGAUGUAUUAAAUUCUUGGCAUCUAAAGUUAAACAACUUGGACGUGAAGUGAUUACGAAGGAAGCUGAAGACUUGAUUGUGGCAGAAUGCAAAAAACUGUUGGAGUUGCAAGAUGUUGUAGCUGAAGAAUUUGAGCAUAUUAUGGAGUUACUGACAUGGUCAAAGUUAGGGAAGACACCAGCAGGGAAAAAGGAACUAGUACAAAUUGUUGCUGCUCUUGCAUUCACUCCUGAUGACUGGCAUCCAGAAGAUCCUGAAUAUGUGGAACGAGUUAUCCAGUGCACACAGCAUGCUUUGCCAUUGUUCUCGGGAUUAGUGGAUUCCACCCAAUUCGUCAACUUUUUCUGUGAACACAUACUACAAGGUUGGGAUAGCAUCACUACACCAGAAGGCACAGAUCCAAAAUUAGAACUCUUGAAGAUAUUUGCAGAGAUCACAGAACAUUGUGGUGAACUUGAAAAUCCUCCAAAGAAAAUUGAUGCAGUUUAUGAAUUAUUAAUGAAAUACUUACCUGAAGCUCCAAUUGAAACUGAAGUGUCUGAGGGUGAAAAAUCAGGAGACAAACCAGAAGACUCAAAGGCUGCACCACUAUUACAAUUUUCUCAUGUCGAGUGUGCUUUAUUUGCUCUACACUCCUUGUGCCGUAAGGCUCCAGAGGCACUUACUACAGAUGCUGCGAAAAUUAAAGCAUUACGUUUGCGCCUGCAAUACACAGCGCGCCUUACUCAAGGGUACAUAAAGAAAUUGAAGGAAGUUACACAAAGCCAAAAAGGUGAAGAUGCGAACUCGGAAGAAAACAAGUUAAAAAUUGCAGCAUUAAAGACUACUUCUAACAUCAAUACACUCAUAAGAGAUUUAUUCCGGACUCCACCCAGCUUCAAGAGCAAAGUUCAAUUGUCAUUCCAUUCCAAGAAACUUGAUAAAGAGGAGAAACAAACUGCUGACUCAGACAAUACAAAACAAUCACCAGGACAAAAACGACACCGCCCAAUUACUUUUGACAAUGAUAAUGAAAAAGAAUCUACUGAGAAGAGAUCACGUAGUGGAGACAGGAAUGUCAAAAUGUACACCCCACCUUCUGGAAAAUACAGCUCAAGGUUGAACAAUAACGGAAGAUUUUCUGGGAAUAACUCUGGCGGAAGGGGAGGCCGCGGGGGUUAUGGUAGACGCGACUUCAGAAAUAAUGGAGCACCAUUCCGAAAGCGAAACAACUAUUAAAUUUCGCACUGUCGGAAGAACGGAUUCAAAAUGACAAAGAUUUAGGAAGUUAAAUUGUUAUAGUCACUAUUAUUACUUGCUCCAUUAUAAAAGAAAACUUGAUUAUCCAAAUUGCCCGAUGUUGCAGAGAAGCAAAACCAACAGUAUUCUCUUGCAACAAUGAAAUAGGGGUUUGUGUAGGCAUAGGGUAGCAGUGAAGUUUUUUUUUUGUGCUGAAGGGUUCUGAUUGUCUAGGUUGAGUUCCACCGAUUUUAUUCUAUUGCACGUCCAAAUUAUGGAAAGCUCCCCUCAUUCUUCUGUUCACAGUUUGUAAAAUACAUGUCUUGUUUGUUAACAUCAUUUGUUUGUCAUCAUGUAUGAGAUGUGAAGAGCAACAUCCCAUUACACGUGGCAGUUUUGUUUUACAUAAGGAGCAGCCAAUAUUUUUAUUUAGAAUUUUUAUCUAGCAGCAAUGGCAGAUCGUAUUUGGGUUUCAGUAGUCGCCUCAAUAGUUUCCUGUAGUUGAGCAGCAUUUUUUGUAAGUAAUAAAAUAAUCUUUAUAACUAAUUUAGCAGUCGUGUCUUAAACAGCAACUGAUUAGUAUUAAAUGAAUCAUCACUUGGUAAGUAUUAGAAUUAAUGUAGAGUUAAUUUUCAUUGACAAGAUCCCGGAGACUCCACCUGGAUUAUUUAAUGUUGACGUCGUGUUGGGCGCCUUAAUUCUGUAAGUAUUUACUAUUUAUUAAGAUAUUUUUUAUCUUAUAGCCAGGAAGGUGCAGAAGCCAGUUUAGACCACAUACUUCGAUUUUACUCCUGAUUUUUGUUGCAACUUCUUUAUGAGGAAUGAGAAGACCUUACGAAGGUUUUGAUUGCAGAAUGCUAAUGGAAUUUUCUACGGGAAUAAAACUUUUUAAUAUA